CUCUCUGCUAAGUCAAGAAGUAGGUCUGACUUCCGUGUGGGCGCAGUGCGAGUCUAGGGCCGAAAGUGAUUUGUUAUGUAACUUUCACAUGAGGGCCGUACAAACUUGAUCUGGUCGUAGUCCGACGCUGAAUCUUCUGCCUCCUAGAUCGCUCUGGGCGCCAUGAGGACCCUGCUUUUUUAUGUCUUGACCACGGCACUGAUGGUGCUGUCAUACGUGUCAAGUGUACCAGUCCAGUUCGAAGACGAGCACAGAAUUCAAGAAUCCGAUCAAGCAGUCAACCCUCACGAGGAGAGUAGGAGAUUCCAUGGUCACGCGAUGAGAAAACGCAAGAAGAAGAAACUCCUUCACUGCCUUUUAAGCUUGCAAAGGAGCAAUCCCCAAGUUGACGCAAGAACGCUCUUCUUCAACUACGUGAAUCUGGAGUACACUCAACACGGAGGGGGAAACGGAGGUUACAAUGACGAUAGUGGUGGAGGUGGUGGGUACCAAAACUGCUUGAGCCAGCUGGGUGGAGGAAGUCAUGGUGGAGGAAGUCAAGGCGGAGGUGAUGGAGACGAUGGAGGCAGCACCGGCCUCGGAGGGAUCGGAGAGGGAAUCAACAACCUGGGAUCGCUUGUCAGCCAGGUCCCCAGCAACCUCAUCAGUUCUGUGGGGGAUGGUAUAAGACCGGUGUUUGAAAACCCAGAGCGGUAUCUCAACAGGUACAUCAUCAGACCAUUGUACAGGUCACUGAGACCACUGUACAGACUCUUCUAAACAUUGGGGGUGGUCUUGUGUGACAGGGAAUUUACUGAAACCAAAUAUUCACUACACAGCUUUAACUAUUGUACGGUGUAAUAAUAUGACUUAAAAACUAGAAAAUACAAAAAAAUGUAAUUGUUAUAAGAUUUUUGUUUUGUAAUCUGAAAUAUAAUUAUUA